UUUUCAAUUUCAUUAUUAAGCCUUCCUCUACACUGUUCUUAUUUUUUCUCGUUCUUACUACUUCUUUACAAAAGUCCUGAUCUAUUAUCAUCCCUUUUCGUUCUUAUUAUGUUUUAUGAAAUAUUUUUCUUAAAGCUUUUUUUUUCUUGGUUUUCUUGUUCUUAUGUUUUAUAUUUCACUUUCAGUCUCUUGUUAGCUCCCAUGGCAAACCCCAGAUCCGGUGUUCCGGAUAUCGUUUUGUUUAAGGUUAAACCCGGAUCUGGUGACCCGGCGAUUAGUUUGUUUUUACUUAUUUUCUGGUUACAAGAAAAGCCUAUUAGCUGGUUUAAGUUAAUAACUAAAACAAUGAAGUCUAUGUUUUUUUUAUUAGUUUUUAACUUUAAUCUUUUGUGAAAAAAAUUAUAUGGAUUUUUUCUUUCUUUCUUUCUAUUGAGACUACUCUAGCAUUCGAUUCUUGUUUUUUUUUUUCUAAAUCAUAAAUUUCUUUUUUUUCUUUUUUAAAUCAUGAAUUGAACUAUUAAUUGCUAGGUAGUUUUGUUUAUCUCCUUAAGUAUGGAUGUUAUAAAGCCCUUCAAGCUUAUUUCGAGCCCAUUCCGAGUUGGCUCUGUUUUUGUUUUUUCUUUAAACAAAACGACAGAGUUUAGUUCUAGGUUUUUUGUAAACGACAAAAAUAUUGUUUUCUCCUCUUUCUCAGUUCCUCUGGCCGCAAAUAUCGAUUCACUGUCGCAAAAUCGAUUCACGAAGACUCAGAGAGCCAUCCUUCGACAACGUGAGAAGAGAAACGAGAUCCUUCGCACCGAAGCUGGAUCUCUUCGCAGCUGGAUCUCUUCGCAGCUGGAUCUCUCCGCCGGAUCUCUCGCCGGAAUCCACUCCUCUUUGAUCUUCUCACUCCACUCCACUCCUCUUUGAUCUCUCCGCCGGCUGUCUUCUUCUCUCUCGUGCGUGGGUUUAGGUGUUACGAUUGAAUUAGCUGCGACCAUUGUUUGAGAGGUGUUACGGAUUGAAAUCGCUGCAACCACUGUUUGAGAGAUGGAUUAGUCAGAUGGAGCAUUUGGAUGGAUCAUUUGGAUGCAUAUCCCAAAUGAGCAAACAAACAGCACCUCACUGUCGCAAAAUCGAUUCACGAAGAUUCAUAUUUCACAUUCUCUUCAAGUUCUGAUAGGCUUAAGGGCUUAUUAGAUCGUUUACCAUGGAUUACCCAAAGAGAAGUAGAUCUUCUGAUGACGAUUCUCACGAUUUCAAGAGACAAAGAAUAGCUGAUCCCGGUAGACCUAGCAAAUCUUUCACGCUGGAGAAUGGGCUCAAAGUCUUUGUAUUUAGCGGCGGCGAAGAAUCAUCGGCUGCGAUGACUGUUCGAGUCGGUUCCUUCGCAGAUCCUCCCAAAAUUCCAGGGCUCGCGCAUGUAAUCGAACACAUGCUUUUUCGCGGUUCUCAAAAAUUCAGGGGCGAAAAUGAGCUACAAGAUUAUGUGGCUAAGUAUGAUGGCGGUACUAAUGCCCGUACUGAAUUUGAUCAUACAACAUUCAGCUUUGAAGUCGAUCCAGAACACUUUCAUGGUGCCCUUGAUAGGUUUGCCCACCUUUUCAUCAAUCCUCUCAUGGAACCAAAGAGGUUGGAACAUGAGAUCGAUACCGUGGAUUCUGAAUUUCUCUUGAUCAAGUACAGUGAUGCUGAUCGACUUGAUCAAAUCCUCGCUCACACAUCUUAUGAGGAUCAUCCCUUCAAAUGUUUUUCUUGGGGCAACAGAGAUACUCUCACCAAAGUUCCCCUUGCUUCUCUCCGAGAAUCAGCAUUGGACUUUUUCAAUACUCAUUAUCGAGCUUCUUCAAUGAUCCUUGUGAUUGUCCUAGGAUCAGGAUCAGGCGACUUAGAUAAAAUUCAGUCUUCGGUGACUGAAUUUUUUAGGGAUAUUCCUAAAGGAAUAUCUCCGUAUACACCAGAAAUCAGCCGACCAUGGGACUCGGGUAAAACUUAUUUCCUUCAAUCUGUUGAGAAUAAUCAGAGAGUGAUGAUUACUUGGAGAAUUCCUCGGGAAUCCCAUCAACAAAACAAGGUCGCAAAAUAUGUUAUGCAACUAUUCUCCGAAGAGAGAGAAGGAUCUUUGUCCUUCUUUUUGAAGGAAAAAGGAUGGAUUUGGUCGUUGGAGGUUUAUACUGGUGGAAACAACGGUUUUUCAGCUGAUGAUGAAGACCCCUCAGCUUACUCUUCCACCUCUUUUGGGCAACUGUUUAUGCUGGUUUUGGAACUCACCAACGAAGGUUUGGAACAGGAAUAUGUACUCAUCAAUCAUGUAUACGAGUAUCUCCGUUUUCUUAGCCUGAACACUCCUCCUCCAUAUCUUAUGAAAGAACAAAAGGAUUUACAAGAUAUGAGAUUCCGUUUUCUAUACAGUGAUGACCGGUUGAUUGAUUCUUUACAUGUGUUUGCUGAUCGUCUGUCAGCUAACAUGCUCUGGUGUGAUGCUGAUCAUGCUUUGAGUCAAUGUUUUUCUGAUCCUACAUGUGAUCAUAGUGAGAUCAAUGGCUUUAUAAAAGAAUUUUUUACUCCUGCGAAUAUGAGGAUGUAUUGUCUUGUAAAGACAUUACCGGAAAAAGAAGUUCCUCAAAUUGAGCCAUGGUUUGGAACCUCUUACAUAGAAAAGGAAAUUCCCGAAUCUUGUAUUGAGGAUUGGGUGGGUAGUCGUUUUUCUUUCCCUCCUGAAAACUUGUUUAUGCCAUCAAAUGAGAAUCUGCAUGGCAAGUUAGGUAGUGAUGAUGAAAAUGAUGAGGAGCAUGACUCGGCUAGCGAAGAUAGAGAUAAUGAGAGCGUUGAGAUGGAUGAUGAGGAGAUGCAUGACUCGGCUGGCGAAGAUAGCGAAGAUGGAGAUAGUGAUGUUGACAACACGAUUAAGAUUAGCAACACUAUCUACUAUCUCUCUGGUAAUAGCUCCAUUUCUGCUGCAUACUUCUAUCUCUCUAUGCCUGCAGACCAUACCAUGAACCUGAUUCUUGUGGAGUUACUAAAGUACUCACUCUGUCCCCUCCAGUUUACUGGGCGCAUGGCUUACAUAGAUUGCCGAGUAUCUCUACUUGAUGGAAACAAAUUGUUGUUGCAAUUUGAUGGAUUACACGAGAAGUUUAAGGACUUCAUAUCAAAAAUUUGGGAUAAAAUCAAAUCGUUCAAGCCGAUACAGCAACAUUUUAAGGUGAUCAAAGAGAAACUUCUCUUGGAGUUGCAUCCCAGAGACAUAUCGGAACAUGCCAAGCAGCUAUUCAUGGAGUCAUUAGUAGAAGAGAAGUGCAAGCCAGUGGCACUUGAUGGAGUCACCUUCUCUGACAUACAGGAAUACGCUGCUGACUUUUCCUCCAAUCUGCGUGUACACUGUGGCGUCAUUUUUGGUUCUAUAUCAGAAGAAACGGCCAAGGAUAUUGCAAACCUUUUGGACCAACCUUCUCUCCUGUUGGACCAACCUUCUCUUGCCAUUAACACUAAUGUGAUGGCGCUUCGUGUUGAAAGAACAGAAGACAUACCAAGGAAUGCUUUUGAUCGCAAUUCGUUGACAAUGGUGGUAUAUGAAAUACCUUGCAUAGGAUUGUCAAGUUUCUUCUCCUCUUUGAUGGCAUAUGGAUUUGAACGUCAACUCAAGAUUGUAGAAAAUCUGGGGUACCAGGUUGAUUGCAGCCCCCAAACAGAAGGCAUUAGAGGCAUAUGCUUUUCGGUUAUUUCUCCUCAAUAUAAACCACAUUAUUUGUUGGAUAGGAUAUACUCGUUCAUCCGUGAAUUCAAGAUUGAAGAGAACUCUUUUGCCAAGUACAAAGAACUUGCAAUAAACUCCUUGGCUGAGGGAUCUUCCAUAUGGCACGUUUUGCUCAGCAAUGAGUACUCAGCUCUCUUAGACGCGAGAGGAAGACUUGCUUCACUUACUAUUGAAGAGGCUCGCCGGAGCUACGAUCGGUUGUUUCUAUCUACUAGCUCUCGAAAGAGGGUUGAAGUGUGCAUCUCCUCUCCUACUGGGGAUAUUAACUAUUAGAAAUGGGGAUAUUACCGACUCUUGAAGCAGCCUUUUUGUCUACCUUUUUGAUGCGGAAGCAUGCUUUUGUAACUAGUUAGAGUUUCUAACUUAUUGAUGGUUCUGUACUUCUGUACCUGUCAUAGCUAGCUAAAACAUGAUGAUAUGCUAGCUAAAACAUGAUGAUAUGCUAGCUUAUUUAGCUUCUGGGUCUGUAAAGAUUGCUAGAUGUAAAACUCCAUGAAAAACUAGCUUAUCCAUGCCUUUGUCUCAGGUUUUGUUGUU